AUGGCCACCAAACUCAAGAGUGUUGUUACGAAGUUUACUGACAAAUUCACUGAGCACAAGCAUGAAUUAGGCCAGACUCUCACGAAUUGCAAUGACAAGAACUAUCGAGGAGGUUCAGAGAAGGACGUCGCUAAGAUCAUCGAAAGUGAAGAGUGGUCUGGUUCGGAGUCUGAAGAAGGACCAGACGGACCCCGACGCCUUCAGGCGGCGAAGAACAUAGAUGAUUUCGAGAACAACGACGACCCUGCAGAACUCAAAACCCUGUAUGGCCGACUACCACUUGUUCAGUCCCAAGAGGAGGCUCCCGACAACGAAGUAUGGCAGAGCGACUGGGUUUCUUUGAUAAAUGUUGGCCCGGACCACAUUGGCAAAGAGAUCUGUUUUCGCGCUAGAGUGCAUAUCGUCCGUCACAUGAGUGCGAAGCUGGCCUUCGUAGUCUUUCGCGAACAGACCACGACUAUUCAAGGCGUACUGCGCGCAGUCGAAGGUGGUGUCUCCGAAAACAUGGUGAGGUGGGCAGAACACAUCCGGACAGGCACCAUUGUUAUCGCCAAAGCAAGGGUGAAGGAGCCCGAACAGAUGGUCAAGAGCACAAGCACUCACCAUGCUGAACUUGAGCUUUUGAAGAUGCACGUGGUCUCGGCUAGAACAAUUCCAGUCCCUUUCAGCGUUUACGAAGCCGAUGCUGCCACGGAUGGCCACUCCAUAUCCGACCGAGUUAGACUGUCGAAUAGAAUCCUCGAUCUGAGAACACCGUCCGCACAAGCCAUCUUCAGAGUACAAUCAGCUGUAUGCAGGGCAUUUCGGCGCUUUCUCGAAGACCGCGAGUUUUUGGAGAUUCACACCCCAAAAAUACAAGGUGGCGCAACAGAAGGUGGUGCAGAUGUCUUCAAGCUCAGUUACUUCGGUCGUCCGGCAUUUCUUGCCCAGAGUCCGCAACUUGCUAAGCAGAUGUGUGUAUCUGCGGAUUUCCCCCGAGUCUACGAGAUUGGGCCCGUCUUCCGCGCUGAAAAUUCCAACACCCCUCGUCAUAUGACCGAAUACACUGGGCUGGACCUAGAAAUGGCCAUUAACCGACAUUACCAUGAAGCUAUGUGGCUAAUUGAUGCAACACUGAAAUACAUCUUCAGAACUCUGUAUGAGCGCCACCGCAACGACAUUGAUACCGUGAAACAUCAUUUUCCGCACGAUGAUCUGAUAUGGCUUGACAAGACACCGAGGCUCACAUUUGCUGAAGGGGCGAGGCUUCUGAACGAGUCAGGCUGGCAGAACGAGGAUGGAAGUCAACAAUCCGAGUACGAAGACCUAUCGACGAGGGCCGAGCGGCGAUUGGGAGAGCUGGUCAAGGAGAAGUACCACACUGACUAUUAUAUCCUGGACAAGUUUCCUACAGCCGCUCGUCCCUUUUACACUAUGUUGGACCCGAAAGAUGACCAGCUCACUAACUCGUUCGAUUUUAUGGUUCGGGGACAAGAAAUUCUUUCAGGUGGGCAACGUGUUCACGAACAUGAACUACUGAAAGAGCGCAUGGAGGCUCAGGGCAUGGAUCCGAAUGACCUCAAGGAGUAUAUGCAAGCAUUCGAAUGGGUGGCGCCGCCACAUGCAGGCUGUGGCAUCGGUCUCGAACGAUUGGUCUCACUCGUCCUGGACCUGGGAAAUUUGCGCUACGCUUCACUAUUCCCUCGCGAUCCGAAGAGUUUCCCGGCCAAAGCAGAACCCAACCUACGACAUCCCGACGACAAUACGCUGCAGAGACGCAAGGGUUAUCUUCCAGUACUGGAGAAUCUCGUCGCCAAUUAUGGCGAUGCAACCAAUACAUCAUGGAUGGACGACAGAUUCCAGAUUUGGCGCGAUGAGAGGACUGGUGCCGCGAUUGCUUACGUGCCAACCCACGAUCGCGCAAUCUGUGCAGGAAACCCGUUGUGCGAUCCGAGUCAAUACGAAGAUGUGAUUGGGGCAUUCUUGAAGUGGCUUCGAAAGGCGACCGACCUCAAACCCAUUUUCAUCCUUGUCGGCAAGGAGGCCGAAGACGUACUUGGAGAUAAACUAGGUUGGAAGAGCUUCACGAACGUCGCCGAACAGCGCGUCAACCUCGCUAACGAUGAGCACCUGAAUAUCGACACUGACGUCAGCCGGAAGAUCAGACACGCUACGAAGGAAGGUAUCAAAGUAACGGAUUAUGGCAGCGACGUGCCUGAAGAAACACGUCAAAAGGUCGAACAAUGCAUCAAAGAGUGGCAGGAGAAUCGCCAGGGAGAACAAGUCCAUCUGAGCGAGAUCACACCUUUUAGAGACGCGGCACAUCGGCAGUACUUCAUCGCCCAAGACACAACUGGCAAGAUUCAUUCUUUGGUCGUGCUCGCACAGCUGGCCCCGAGGUAUGGAGUCCAGGUGAAAUGGGCUCUGGAUUUCCCUGGAGCGGCAAACGGUGUGAUCGAGAUGACUGUACAAGCCGCACUCAAGACCGCUGCAGACUCUGGGUGCAAAUCAUGCACUUUCGGCGCAGGUGCUACCGCGAAAUUGAGUGCUGGGCACAACGUCGGCGGCGCAAGGUCAGCUACUUUGAACUCUUUAUAUCAGACCUUGGCUGCCAGGUUCAACCUGGAAAAGAAGACUGGAUUCCGGGCUAAGUUCAACACGCUCGACGAUCCGAUCUUCCUCUGUUACCCACCUAGAGGGCUGGGACCGAAGGGUGCCCGAGCGAUUGUCGAUUUCUUUCAAGGAAAGGGGUAG